AUGGAGUGUGUGAACGGGACUGUGGUGAAGGAGUUUGUCUUCCUCGGCUUCUCGACUCUGGCUGAGCUGCAGCUGCUGCUCUUCGUUGUCUUCCUGCUCCUCUAUUUGUUCACCCUCAGCACCAAUGCCGUGAUUAUCUCCACCAUCGUGCUAGACAGAGCCCUUCACACCCCCAUGUACUUCUUCCUCUCUGUCCUCUCCUGUUCAGAGACCUGCUACACCUUUGUCAUUGUGCCCAAGAUGCUGGUUGACUUGCUGGCUCGGAAGAAGAGCAUCUCAUUCCUCGGCUGUGCCAUCCAAAUGUUCGCCUUCCUCUUCCUUGGCUGUUCCCACUCCUUCCUGCUGGCAGCCAUGGGUUAUGAUCGCUACGUGGCCAUUUGCCACCCUCUACGCUACACGGUGCUCAUGGGGCACAGGGUGUGUGUGGGGCUGGUAGCCGCCGCCUGUGUCUGCGGCUUCACUGUGGCACAGGUUAUCACAGCCUUGGUGUUUCACCUGCCCUUCCAGGCUUCCAACCAACUCCAUCACUUUUUCUGUGACAUCUCCCCUGUUCUCAAGUCGGCAUGCCACCACGCCCACUUUACGCAGAUCACCAUCUUCCUGCUCUGCGCGCUGGUCCUGGUUAUCCCUCUGUUGUUGAUCUGGGCAUCAUACAUUCACAUCAUUUCUGCCAUCCUCCAAUUUCCUUCCACGCUAGGCAGGUACAAAGCAUUUUCCACCUGUGCGUCUCACCUCAUUGUGGUCAUAGUCCACUACGGGUGUGCCUCUUUUAUCUACCUAAGGCCCAAGUCCAACUACUCUUCAAGCCAGGAUGCUCUGAUAUCGGUAUCCUACACUAUCCUGACGCCAUUAUUCAACCCAGUUAUCUACAGCUUAAGAAACAAAGAGUUCAAAUCAGCUCUUCAUAGAGUCAUAGGAAGAACAGUUACCCUAAGACAAUGCUAA